AUGCGUUAGAAGUUCAUCUAAGUCGCCUAGAAGUUGUAACUAACUAGCCUUGAUUCCACCGGAAGUUGUCAUCAACGGUUAGAAACGGCUCGUCGUUUAAUUGACGAGGUAUGAAAGCAAACGCCGUCGGAUUGGUCAGUUCGGUAAGGAAAAAAAAUUAUUUCGAUCUGAGGAGAUCGAAAGGAAAAGCCCACACAAGUUUUUGUAUUAUUGAGGGACCCUUGUAGAGUAGCCGAGAAAGAGACUUGAGAAGGAAACAGACAACGAAAGGGAAGAAGAAUGGGCGGGAGGGGUUUCUAAGAGAAAAAACUCGACUCCUUUCUUGCCUUAAUAGUCUUCUUCUUCGUCCCCUCCUUUUCUCCUAAUGGACGGCGUUAACGGUUCCUCCACGGCUGCGGCCAUGGUCAUGGCCACAGUUGUCGAUGAAACCGUUGAUGUUUUACUACCGUCUCCUCCUCAUGAUCCUGAUUUCUCCCCAGUUGGAUCACCUGAGUCCGAUGAUGUUCCUGUUCCACCGUCUGAUGAUGAUCCUGAUCACGUUCCCGCUGAAGUUCAAGCGGAAGAUCCCAUCCCAUCUGCUGCACCUGUUCUCACUGAUGAUCUGAAACUUAAGAUUAUUAAGCAGGUGGAAUAUUAUUUUAGUGAUGAAAAUUUGCCAACUGACAAGUACAUGAUGAGUUUGAUUAAGAAGAACAAAGACGGGUUUGUUCCUAUAUCAGUUAUUGCAUCUUUUAGGAAAAUGAAGAAGCUUAGCCGAGACAACAAAUCAAUAGUGGCUGCACUCAGGGAAUCAUCCUUGCUUGUUGUGAGUUCAAGUGGCAAGAAAGUGAAGCGCCUUAAUCCUCUUCCAGUCACUGAGGUCAAGGAUUCAAAGUUAUUCACUGUUUUGGUAGAAAAUCUGCCUGAGGAUCACUCGGUGGAAAACAUCCAGAAAAUAUUUGCUCAAGCUGGAAAUGUAAGAAAUGUUUGUAUCAAUGAGCCACAUGCCAUGGAAGAGUCAAAGAAAGGCAGCAGGGUUGAAUUUAUGAUUAGUAACAAGUUACAUGCAUUGGUGGAGUAUGAGACUGUGGAAGCUGCUGAGAAAGCUGUGGUAACAUUAAAUAAUGAACAAGACUGGAGAAAUGGCAUGCGGGUUAAGCUUCUUAAGCGAGUGGCCAAGUAUGGCCAGAGAAAGCAAGGCUGGAGGGUUGAUAAUGAAAGGAGUAACACUGGGCGAGCAUCAGAUCCCUUGGGGGAUGAAGAGAACAAUAACUUAAGUGAGAAUCAUGAUGAUACCCCUGAUGAAGAGGACACAGGCCAUUUAUCCAGGGACAAAAAGGGGCAGAAAGGUAGAAAUCGAGGACAACAUAGGAGACAAAUAUAUCAUGGAAGCAAUGGGCUGGGCCAUGGAACACUUUCCUCCAGUUAUGAAGCUGCGAAGCCACCUCCUGGCCCAAGAAUGCCCGAUGGAACCAGAGGGUUCACCAUGGGACGUGGUCGACCUCCCAUGUCUGCCUAAAAUGCCUGUGCCUCCCAUUUCCAUCUAAAUUUAGCAAGUCAUUUGAUCUCCACUUCUACUUUAAAAUUUUUUUUGCUGUAUUUGUAUAGAUGUAGAAAAUGGAUGCGGAUAUUUGAAUGCGCAUGUAAUGACUAAAGGUUGUAAUACCUCUAGUGUUUUCUGCAAUUGGGAGUUCGAUGUUGCUGUGAAGUUUGUAAAUGCAGCAUUUGGAGUAAAACGGGCUCGUAUUUGGGA